AUGGAUAACUCUCCUCGCGGUGAUGAGAUUAUGCAGAGGGCCCAUAGACAGCUCCUUGAUGACAUCCUGCCUGUGCACCUGAAAUUGAGGGGAUCCUCCAGACAGACAGCAUCCCUGCACAGAGACAGGGACUUUCCAGAGGGAGGGGAUCCCCACCAUAGGGACUUUCCAGAGGGAGGGAUCCCCACCACAGGGACCUCACGCAGAGGAGGAGAUCCCCACCACAGAGGACCUCAAGAGGGAGGAGAUCCCCACCACAGGGACUUCCAGAGGGAGGAGAUCCCCACCACAGGGACCUUCCAGAGGGAGGAGAUCCCACCACAGGGCCUUCCAGAGGGAGGAGAUCCCAUCACAGGGACCUUCAAGAGGGAGGGAUCCCCACCACAGGGACCUUCAAGAGGGAGGAGAUCCCCACACAGGGACUUUCCAGAGGGAGGAGAUCCCCACACACAGUCCCCUCCAGAGGGAGGAGAACCCCACCACAGGGACCUUCCAGAGGGAGGAGAUCCCCACCCACAGGGACCUUCCAGAGGGAGGAGAUCCCACCACCAGGGACCUUCCAAGGGAGGAGAUCCCCACCACAGGGACCUUCCAGAGGAGGGAGGAUCCCCACCACAGGGACCUUCCGAGAGGGAGGAGAAUCCCCACCACAGGGACCUUCAAGUAGGAGAGGAUACCCCACCACACGACCUUCCAGAGGGAGAGAUCCCCACACAAGUCUUCCAGAGGAGGGAUCCUCACAGGGACUCCAGAGGGGAGAUCCACCACAGGGACCUUCCAGAGGAGGAGAUCCCCACCACAGGGACCUUCCAGAGGGAGGAGAUCCCCACCACAGGACCUUCCAGAGGAGGAAUCCCCAUCACCAGGGACCCUUCAAGAGGAGGAGAUCCCCACCACAGGGACCUUCCAGAGGGAGGAGACCCACCAAGGAGCCUUCCAGAGGGAGAGAUCCCCACCACAGGACCUUCCAGAGGGAGGAGAUCCCCACCAGGGAACUUCAAGAGGAGGAGAUCCCCACCACAGGACCUUCCAGAGGGAGGAGAAUCCCCACCACAGGGACCUUCCAGGAGGGAGGGGAUCACCCCCACAGGGACCUUCAAGAGGAGAGAUCCCCACCACAGGGACCUUCCAGAGGGAGGAGAUCCCCACCACAGGUACCUUCCAGAGGGAGGGGAUCCCCACCACAAAAACCAAUGA